UAUUGAAACUGCUGGAAUUGAGGGAACUUUUAUAGUAUAUAUAUGUGGUGGGUAUGAGUGGAAGAAAUCAUCAGUUUGCUUAGAAAGCCAUAAGAUCAGCAGUUUGUUUAGGUGGUCAUAAAUCAUCGGUUUGUUUAAAGCCAUAAGAUCAGCAGUUUGUUUAGGUGGUCAUAAACCAUCGGUUUGUUUAAAGCCAUAAGAUCAGCAGUUUGUUUAGGUGGUCAUAAAUCAUCGAUUUGUUUAGAAUCCUAUAGAAAAUAUGGGAGCGAUGGAGAUCUUGAUGGUGGUGUUUGCAUUAGUAUGUUUUUCUGUAAGAGCAGGAUUAGUUUAUGGUUGGACUGAAGGGCAUGCCACAUUUUAUGGCGGUGGUGAUGCCUCUGGAACUAUGGGUGGUGCUUGUGGUUAUGGUAAUCUAUAUAGCACUGGAUAUGGCAUACACACUGCAGCUCUGAGCAGUGCUCUGUUCAACAAUGGAGCAAUAUGUGGAGCCUGUUAUAAGAUAAAGUGUGAUGUUAAAAAGGAUCCUCAGUGGUGUCUAUCUGGAAAAUCCAUUACGAUUACUGCUACUAAUUUUUGCCCACCUAAUAAUGCUCUGCCAAAUGACAAUGGAGGGUGGUGCAAUUUACCUCUUCAGCAUUUUGACAUGGCACAGCCUGCCUUUUUGCAGAUCGCUCAAUACAGUGGUGGAAUAGUGCCUGUUCUUUACAAGAGGGUUCCUUGCAAAAGGACUGGGGGAAUCCGUUUUACCAUAAAUGGGCGUGACUAUUUUGAGCUAGUGUUAAUAAGCAAUGUGGGUGGAAGAGGAGAUAUUAUAGCAGUUUGGAUAAAGGGGUCAAACACUGGAUGGCAACAAAUGAACAGAAACUGGGGAGCAAAUUGGCAGAGUAAUUCUUACCUGAAUGGACAGAGUUUGUCUUUCAGAGUGAUGAACAGCAGAGGAAGAGUUAUCACCAUGUAUGAUGUGGCUCCUUCCAAUUGGGGAUUUGGCCAGACAUUCAUUUCCUCCAUAAAUUUUCGAUGAGUCAAAUUUGUUGCAGAUGAGUUGCUGCCCUGCAAAUUUUUUUUGGGUCUGUAACACGUAUAACUUAAUCAGAAACCACACUGCACGGUGUUAAACCCUAUUUUCAGUCAUUUUGUAAAUUGUUUUGGGCAAAGCUUUGUUUUCUACAUGUUGGGUUUUUUAUUUUGUCUACUGAGGCUAUGUCUAACAAACAGAAUUAAUUCUGGAUGUUAGAUUCAAUGAAUAAAGGACAAACUAUUCUAAGACGGUUGGGUCACUAUUGUUAGCAUUAGAUGCAAUUCAUGUAUCAUCUGCUUCCCUCCCUACUGGGAUCUUUAUGAAGAAAAUAGAAUUCAACCCUUCAUCCAAA